AUGGGCCAGUUGGGUAGAUCCACGGUGAGGCUUCCCCAGUGGCUCUUGGGCAGGCUUCUUGAUGGAGUCCAAGAUGCAGUAAACAGGAUCCGGAUCCACGUCCCUCUAAGGCCCUCUGAGACUCCUCUCUGCCACUCUCACAGCAUCUUCCCUACCCCAAUAUGCUGGAAGUACGCUACAGGGUUCCUGGACUUCUACAAAGGCACUCUCAUCCUUGGGUCUAACUCUGUGUUCUCCAGGGGCUUCCAGACCACGCUAAAGGAUGAGAGCCAGUUUACAGGGCACUGCAGGGUCCACAGCCAGGACCAAGGUGCAGUGGCCCUUGUGUGCUUCCAGUAUGGUGGGGGCAGGGCUUGGAUCCUGCUCACCGGUCUCAUAUGGGCAGCUGCUUGCUGUCCGCACACUCUGGGACAGCAGGGGCAGCCCUUGGCACCUGUUCACCGGUCUUGUAGCGGCGGCCCAUGUCCACCUCUGGAGCCCAUGAUGGUGAAACUGGUUGACGGUGAUGGACUAGAGUUCAGGAAGUGCCAUUCUGGACCAGCAUUUGGCAUCAACAGCAUUUUAUAUCAGCGUGGCUUAUAUCCAUCCGAAACCUUUACUCGAGUGCAGAAAUAUGGACUCACCUUGCUUGUAACUACUGAUCCUGAACUCAUAAAAUACCUAAAUAAUGUGGUGGAACAACUGAAAGAAUGGUUAUACAAGUGUUCAGUGCAGAAAUUGGUGGUAGUCAUCUCAAAUAUUGAAAGUGGUGAGGUCCUUGAAAGAUGGCAAUUUGAUAUUGAGUGUGACAAGACCGCAAAAGAUGACAGUGCCCCCAGAGAAAAGUCUCAGAAAGCUAUCCAAGAUGAAGUUCGCUCAGUGAUCAGACAGAUCACAGCUACAGUGACAUUUCUGCCACUGUUGAAAGUUUCUUGUUCAUUUGAUCUCCUGAUUUAUACAGACAAAGAUUUGGUUGUACCUGAAAAGUGGGAAGAGUCAGGACCACAGUUCAUUACCAAUUCUGAAGAAGUUCGUCUUCGUUCAUUUACUACUACAAUUCACAAAGACAGACAAGUUGGAGAAAAGAAAGAUUCCCAAAGAUAUCCAUCCUCUGUGGCCUCUGUUAGUUCUGAGAUACGUUCCUUUCAAUCAACACCAGUGUGGAUGUAUCCUGUCACUAUAGCAACCAUCUGCUUUCAGUAA